CCAGAGCAAAGAAGCCGCUUGACACAGACCUGGAUCAUUGAGACGACACGAAACAACCGCCAAAAUGGUCUUCAUCUUAGGCGUGAACUUCCCCGAGGGCCAGCUCGUCCAGAAGUCUCUUCAGAAAUUUUUCGGUGUCGGCCCGCAAGUCUCAUCGCGCAUCAUGUCCCGUUUCCACAUCCACCAAACAUGCAAGGUCGGCGAGCUGGCCAACAAACAGGUCCUCGACCUGACGGCUGUGCUUUCAGAAAUGAAGAUUGAGAACGAUCUCCGACGACAGGUUCUCGAUGACAUCAAGCGGUUAAAGGAGACUGGAACUUACCGUGGCCGGCGCCAUGCGCUUGGACUGCCGGUUCGAGGACAGAGGACAAGAAACAACAACAAAAUAGCCAUCAGGCUUAACCGUAUUGAUAGACGACUUUAAAUGUGAACUUCAGGGUGUGGCUCGGUUCGCUCUGGUCGCUCUGGCGGCUGGUUUAGGUUAUUGUGCAAGGGCAUGGCAAGGCGUUGUAUGUUAGUAUUAUGUAUUUUUCAGGAUUGAUACUUUUAUUCCCCUA